AUGUCUCUCAUCAGAGUUGCCAUCUCCGGAGGUGGUCUUGCGGGAGCGACUCUUCUCCACGGACUCCUCAAUUACCCGCAGCUGGAUGUCCAGAUCUUCGAGUCCGCUGAAUCAUUCAAUGUAGCUGGCGCGGCGAUCGGCGUGGCACGCAACGCGCUCACUGCUCUGGAUCUUAUCGGUACAUCGGCGCCAAAAUGCCUCGAACGUGCCGGGGCUAUGCACAUGAACGGGGUUCGCUUCAUGCUCGGCCAGGGCGAGGGGCAAGGGAGCUUGGUCGCCGAGGAGGAUCGAGCGACCCACGGGAAGCGUGUGGUCAGCAUUGUCAAUCGAGCCGCUUUCCUACGAGAGCUUUUGGCGGAAAUCCCUCCGGAGCGCCUGCACUCCUCCAAGAAGCUCAAUACCAUUGAGAAGAAGGGCAGUGAAGGGCCAGUCGUUCUCCAUUUCACGGAUGGAACCACUCACGAGUGUGACAUCUUGGUCGGUGCCGACGGUAUUCACAGCACUGCUCGUAAAUUUGUCCUUGGAGAAGAUGACCCUGCAGCAUCGCCCAGGAACACCGGUGCGUGGACCAUCAUGGCUCUGAAGCCAGCCACACAAGCGAAGGCCAGCUUCGGUGGCGGGCCCCUUGAGGAAUCUCGCGAGUACUCGUGGGUGGGGGACGGCGCAUUCCUGAUGCACAACAUGUUCAAUCAAGGCCAGGUAGUCCAAUUCAUCGUCGCCGCCCACGAGGCUGGUGCCGAGGGCUCGGACCGUUGGGACCGCACCGUCAGUGCCGACGAGCUCAAGGAGCUAUACAAGGCCUUCCCUGAACAUCUGAAGAAAGCCGUCAAUGAGCUUCUUUGCGACGAGGCGGAGCAGCCUGCGAUGUAUCUCUGGGAACAUCCCCCUGCUCGCACACAUGUGUCUGGGCCAGUCUGUAUCAUGGGCGAUGCCGCUCACGCUACGACUCCAUGGCAAGGGUCAGGCGGCGGCAUGACGAUUGAGGAUGCCUUGAUUCUCUCCAGCGUCCUUGGCCGCGCGACGUCACAGAAGGAGGCCUGUAUGGCCCUGAGGGUAUACGACGAAGUCCGCCGCCCUCGAACACAACGGAUUGUGGAAUCGAGCCGAGGCACCGGACUCAUCCUGGCUGGCCGCGGCGAGGGGAUGGGCUUGGACUUGAAACGGCUGACAGGUAAUGUGCUGUCGAGGUGGGACUUUAUCAUCGACUUUGACAACAAGAAACAUCGCGACGAAGCACUUGAGAAGCUGGAAAGGGAGCCCAAACAGGACUCUGGAAGCAUUUGGGCGACCAAGAGGCGAGGAAUACUGUCGCACUCGAAAUGUGCCCUUAGUCUUAGCUUGAUGGAGAGAGUCGGGACCUACUUCGAGUUAUUCGUGUCUCAUGUCUUGCCCUGUAUAUCGGCAGUGAUGUAG